AUGUCCGAUUCCAUUCUUCGUCGUGCUAUUCGCCGCUUUCUUGAACACAAGAUUGACACCCAAGAAAUGGCAAGAAUCCUAGAGACUCCCGAGAAGCCUGAACCGCUCGCAGUGACCUCGUUGAGUUUGCGAGAUAUCGAGAAGAUCCUUGGUCUCACUCAGGUCAUGGAUGAUGAGUUCGACUUUGUUGUACCUAUCCCCGUUCCGCAAGAUCUUAAACUCUGGUCAGAAAAGUCUGACCGCGCUUACGGUUCUAGCUGCGCAAACGAAGCUAGUAUCCGCUGUAAGCUUAACCUCCUCCUUAUCUGCGCUCACGAUCUGGUAUCGUCGUCAACAAACAAAUCCGCAAGACCCUUGGCCGUUCAGAAAGAGCGUAUAUGGGCUUAUAGCCCUGUGGAAUGGGAGGGGAAGAUACGGAUGCUAUGGGGACGUCCCGACUAUGGUGUUUGGUAUGGAGAGAAAGAAGACUUCGACUUAAACCUUGUCAUUAUGGAGGCCAAGAGACCGAAUUGUGGUACUCAAGGGGUUCCGCAGGCGCUAGCAUAUAUGGACACUACUGUCUACGGUAUCUCCACCGAUACUAUGAAUUUCACGUUUAUGAAGCUCGAUAAUGAAUCUCGGUGGUCGUUCAAACCAGUCGGUGUCGGUGAAAAUUCGUUCGAACAAGUGCUUGGUCUGCUAGUCUACAUAAUGGAGAAAGCGGCCUCAAUGUCACCCGCCACCUCCAAAGGCACAUCUCGCCGGACGCAACAAGGAUCAGGGGAGUCUGACCUGAUCUUCGACCAUAUCCCUGAGAUGGAUGAUGAGAUGGAUGUUGAAUGA